AUGGCAAAACUCAUCUUGCUGCAUGUCUCUGCCAACGACGCUACAUACCUCCCAGUAAAACCAGGCCCCGUGGCAGAAUACGAGCCCCAACACGUCAUGGCGCCCAUCCACUGUCCACGCCAGCGAUGCCAUGAGCUGGUACCUUGCGAGACAUCGGCAUCCGUUAAACGUACGGUGCAAAAAAAAUACACGCGCCGUCCUGUACACCGUAUACGUGGCCCUGAAUACACUGUACGCGCGCGCAUUCUUACUCCGUACCUGAUUCCACAACGACUCGUGCGAUCCUAUCAAAAGACAGCAGCCGACUAG